AUGAUCCUUGAUAAGUCUUUCCGUUCAUCUCCACCAAUGACGAGCACUUCCGACAACUCAUCCUGGAAUGGCUCAGCCUCUACUGGCCAUUGCGCAACCAGAGGCCAGAGAGCCGGAACUAACAAUAAUGACCCACUACCGCAAUUCACACUUUGGGAUGCUGCCAAUGUGUUCGAGUUCGCGACAUCCAGAUUCGCUGCCAUUCGCCGUGCUCUUGGCAAGAGCUACAUGAAGCACACACCGAAAGUCAAUCAGAUGCUCGGAAGGCACAUCAUUUGGGAAGCACAGAUAUUUGUCUUGCCCUUUGUUAACAUCUGCAUGGGCGCAAAUAUGCAACCCACCCUGCCAUUCCUUCUGGUGCAGAUUGUGGGUCUCAUGGGCAGGCAGCAGGUUGGGUUAUAUCACGAUGAGGAUAUCGCCGAUGCAUUCCUAGCUUGCCCUGCCGAGAAGUAUCCAUGUUUGUGGGAAGGUCAUCAGCUGACUCCAGGCGUACAGUUGAACCUCACAGAAGUAAUGGCAUUCGUCAAUGAACAUUUUGAGCAACAACCGGAAGGUGCAUUGCUGGCGGCUUUACCUACCACCAUGAACCCUCAAGGAGGUCCGCUCAGCAGGCAGCUUCUUGUAGUUAGGGCAGCUGCAGCACGUGCCACAGAUGAAGUUCGCCAAUUGAUUGAGGACAAGCAGAUCGAGGCCGAACUCGGUGCCAAGUCUCUCGGCUGCCAAGAGGACCUCAAUAUCGGCCAUGCUAUGGAAGCUUCUCGCUGUUUGGUUUAUUGUGCAAGGCAGUUGGUUACCACUCCGUAG